AUGUCAUCUUGUUCUCUCCUGUUGGUUCUGCUGGUUCUCACCUGUCUUCAGUUCUUCACAACAGCCCAGAGCAAUGGGCCAAAGCAAUGCUGUUUCAGCCACCAGAGGGAUAAAAUUCCUGUGAGAUUGAUUACACAGUAUGAAAAAACAGACCGUCAGUGUACACGACCUGGAGUCAUUUUUACAUUACAGAAUGGCCGCCAUCUGUGUGCCGACUCCACUGUCGAAUGGGUGCAGAAACACAUGAAAACUGUUGACCAGCGCAAGCCUUCAAGCUGA